UUUAUGAAAAAACUAAGAAUUUUGUGACAACCGCAAUACUGUAUUUAAAUUAUUAGAUUAAUAAUAAUCUUAUAAUCUAUCUUAUCACUUGAAGUAGUUGUCGCGUAAAUGCAGAGGAAAGGUAGUAAUCAAGAUAUAAUGGAACCAAAUUAUUCCAUGUAUCGUGACCGUUUAAGACGAAGAGAGAGAACAAAGAGUGACAUGUUAAUGGCCAGCGUUAAAACAAUUAGCAAAGAGUAUUGUAAGGAGUCUUCAAUUUGUGGCCUAAAGCACCUGGUUGAAGACACGUCUUACAUAGAAAGAACAAUAUGGAUUAUCACCAUGCUCAGUGCACUAAUAUGCUCCAUAUCCCUGGUGUGGAUGACCUUCGAGAGAUACUACCAAGCUCCCUUGGUGACCACACAGAUGCCUGAAGGAGUGUCUGUAAGCAAAAUCAUCUUCCCAGCAGUUGGGAUAUGCACCAAUAACAGAAUUAGUAAACGAUCCGUUACUGAGUUGGCGAAGAAAUUGAUAAAAGAACCACGGAACAAGAACUAUAACGAAGAGCAGAUGCUAGAACUGCUUUUUGGCUUGGGUCUGUUCUAUAAUAUGCAGCGGAUGAACGAUAAGAUUGUCAAUGUGAAGAAGUUACAACGCGCCUUGGGGGACUAUGACGUCAACGAGCUCAUGAUGAAUCUAACUCCAAAGUGCGAAGAUAUUCUGGUGCGUUGUUCCUGGAACGAAAAUCCCAUGAACUGCUCGGAUUUAUUCGACUUUCGGUUGACUAUGACUGGCUAUUGUUGUACUUUUAACUAUUUAAGGAGUUCUGAUGUUAUGUUUGAAGAAAGCCAUGAGGCACGAAGUACUGAUAUGUAUAUGUAUGGCAACAAAUCGAGCUUCGAUUUCGACCAAGGACUAAAGAUCCUGCUACGAUUAAAUGAGAGUGACGAUUUCUACUACAAUGUACCUUUGAAAGGUGCUCAGCUGCAGUUCUCUGAUGCAUAUGAUUUUCCCGAUGCACCUAGUGGCAGUUUUUCGAUGCAAAUAGUUAGUCCUAAUGUUCAGAUGACUGUAAUAGUAACUGCAAGUUUCACAGAAGCCUCACGAGAUAUCCAACACGUUCCCGUAAAACUGAGAAACUGCUUAUUCUACGAUGAAUCCCCAUAUCUCCCAUUCUAUACUCACAGUGAUUGCUUGUUGAAAUGUCGAAUGUACUUCCUAAUGAGCAAAUGUAAUUGUACUCCGUUCAAUAUGCUCAAAUUGGCUCACACUAGAACAUGCGACGUCAGGGAUAUACCAUGUUUGAGGAUAUUUAAUGCUCAAUCAACAGCUGUGCGACCAGAUAUUGAAAAUGUUCCAUCGGAAUUGGAACUAAACCUCGUGUCAGGAGGCAUUCACUGCCCCAUGUGCUACCCAACCUGUUCAAAGACAGCCUACAACUACGACUUUACUAAUAUAAACAUUUACCCUGACCGUACCGACGUUGAUUCCAUCAAGGACAAGAUGGAUUGGCUAUACGGUGCGAAUUUCACUGGAACAUCCAUUGUUCACGUGAAGUAUGGCAGAGAAGUUGCAGACUGUUACGGGCAGAAUGUCAUAAUGAAAUGGUUCGACUUGAUUAGUAACAUAGGUUCAACAUGUGGUUUCGUCACGGGAUUUAGCUUUGUGUCUGUUAUUGAGUUCAUCUACUUCUACACUGUGAAGUUAGUGCGAGAUUAUGUUCUUCGGUUGCGACGGGAGAGACGAAUCGCGAGCGAAGCGUCGACGCCAGCGCAGUUUGAGCAUAUUAGCCGAUAUCGACCUAUUUAUUGGAACGAAAUAGCGGGAUCGACGGCUUGGAGAUUGAAUACACCUGAUUAAUGAAAAUGUUAAUAUUUAUCGUAAAGCUUUACGCCUGAAUAUCUUUUGUUAGAAUUAGGAUUAAUUGAGUUGCAAGUAAUAAAUAAUAUCAAUAUAAUUCUCAAC